CCCAUUCCUUCGAGUCUACAGACUCGUCAAGCAGAGAAAUAAACAGAAUCGAGCGCUGAGGAGAGAGGACGGUCCUCCCUCCCCUCCACCCCCUCCUCCCCCCCUCUCUCUCUCUCUCUCUCUCGCUAUCUGCCCAUCUUCAUCCAGCCUGUUCUUUUCAUGGAGAGGAAUUAUCCCACAGCAGGAUUUGGAGACCUGGGCACUGGGACGGGAUGGAGUUACGACAGAUCGAAAGCAAGCCUCAUAUAUGGGAGCUCCAGGUCAUCCCAUCCAGAUUCAGAACUUCUCCGCCGUCAAGCCUAUGGCCCCCCUCAUCCCCUCCAAGGCUAUGCAACUAACCACCACCCCAGGCAGGGUGGGGCCUGGGGUCCUCCCACACGGACACUUGGUCUUUCUGGGCUGUUUGACACCAGCCUGCACCAUGCCAGCACCUCCGGCCCUGACCCUGCUGUCAUGAAUCUGAUUUCAGCCCUAGAGUCCCGGGAUCAACAGCCUACACCCUCAGCUUCAUCUCUCCUCUCUCAAUUUCGGACACCAUCUUGGCAGCCCACCAUGCAUACACCAGCCCCUGCAGAGCUCUUUAUUUCUGGGGCCAUCUCAAGUUCCGGAUCCUUUUCAUCCUCUUCACCCAUUUCUGCGUAUCAGCAUCCUGGCUCUUUUCCUGGACGAUCAUUGACUCCAUCUCUGUCCUUGCAGGAUACCCCUACAUAUAGCCCAACUUCCAAUGGUUUGUUAUCCCCCCAUGAUGCUCUCUUGCACAUAAAAACACCCUCCCAGUCUAACUUGGGCUUUGAUCGCUUGCUUUCUUCUCAAAGUGUCACAUUUAGGGGAUCACAGAAGCCCCCGGGUUCUCAGAACCAAGCCCCUUCUGACUCCUCUAAUUGCCACUUGCCUUCUCCCCAGUUCAGUCUGUUAUCUUCCCAACUUCACAGCCGGUCCUCUGAGUUAUAUAAUUCAUCCAUGUUCUCUUCUGGUCCACCCCUGCUGGGUACAGCAGUCCCCCAGCCACAACCUUCUCCGGAGAGGGCAAUUUCUCGACAAGACAGUGUAAUCAAACAUUACCAACGAUCACCCUCAGCUCACUCUACAUCCCUACAGCAAUAUGCCAGCUGUGGUGGGUCAUCUAGGUACCAACAGUUAGUCAGCCAGCAUCAGCAUACUGGAAUGCCCUGUAGUCCCCUGGAUGAGCAAAGUUCAUCCUCUGAUCCCAAACCUCCACUGCAGAUGGAAACUCAAACAUAUCAACCAAAUAUUCAAACUUCCUACACAACCUCAUCAACCAGUUCCUCUGUAUCCUCUUCAUCUGCCACAAAGGGACCUAAUGGUUCCAGUUCCAACAGUGGCUAUUCCUCCUCAGGCUCUUUGUCUUCUUCUUCCCAUACUCCUCACACUCCACCAUUAGCGUCCUCUUCAUCCACCUCUAAUUCCAAGACAAAUAGUAAUUCUUUGUCUGCUCCUCCUUGCCAGCAGUCUGGUCCUCGGCUAGCCCCAGCACCCCCUCCACUGCCAGUGGUGUCGUCUACCCUUGUUCAACAACCUGCUGUCAAACAAUGCCUACCUAGCUAUAGCUCUCAAUCUCUGGUGAAAUCUAGCACAAUCAUGCCAAACCAAUCUCCCCCCAAGUCCCAUUCUCAGACCUACUCCCCCACCCAUGGUCCAUCUGCACACAUGGCCGGGACUCUUGGAGGAUUCAGCUCACCUCAUCUGCAGGAUUUAAGUUCUGGUGGAGGGGUUACAGAGGGAAAGACUUUUGCCAGUAUAGGCUCAAGAGGACGCUCAUUCUCUGCAGAAAUAGUCUUUGGUGACUCCAGUUAUUGCUCUGGUUCUCUCAGAAGGGCAAACAGCCCUUCUUUGGAUUAUGGAAAUGAAUCAACAAGGAUGGGACCUCUAUCAGGACUAACAACACAAAGGGGUGGAAUUGGAUCUAUAGGUUCAGGAAGUGCUAUCCCUGCUGUUGGGAAUGAAAGCAACAAUUCCUACCAUUUGCAUGAGUCAGCUACAUCACCUGCUAUCAUUUCUACUCUCAGUCACUCUGCAUUGCAGUCACCUGCAGCUGGUCGUCCUGCACAGUCCCCUGGAAGCUCAGGGGGAACUAAAUGCUUGUCUUCCAUCCUGUCGCCUACUUUCAUGUCCUCACCUCAAAAUUUCCCAGAUACACAUCAAAUUCAAAGCGACUCCUAUCACUCUAUAACAACCAAACCAAAAACUGAUGCAAAAUUACUGCCGGCUGAUGGAUCCCGAGUUGAAGCAGAGGAAGCUGAUGAUUUUCUAAUCCAACACUUAUUACACACACAAAGAUCAGCACCUCACCCUUCCCAACAUCAUUCACAUUCUCAGCAACUAUCCCAAUGUAUAACACAGGUCAGGGAUGGUGAAAGCAAGAUCACCUUUGAUAACAACAAGCUCUCAAAUGAGUGCUUCCAUCCUCAGAGUGUCAUUCGCACCAAUAACACUGUCAGCUACCCUGGUCCUGAAUCAACAAUUAGCGAAACAGCAAAUGGUCUAAAUAGACCGUUAGAAUCAACUCAGAAAAAACAACUGCCGAAGUCAGAGUUGAUUGUAUCAAAGUCUCCCACCAGAGAAGCACAAGGAGUUUCAGAAUCUCUUUCUUGCUCCAUUACUAUUCAGACUGAUCAACAGCAUCCUGAGUCUUUAGGGUCUGUAGUACAGUAUGGAAGAGGGGAUCCCUAUUCCCAACACCCACACCACCAACACUCUUAUCACACCACACAUGUAUCCCCAUAUUCUCAGCAACACACUCAACACUCCCAGCAAAGCACCCAGCUUUCCCGGCAUAAUCAACUUACGCAGCACUCUCAACAUUCUCAGCACAGCCAGGCCAAUUCCCACUCUCAGAGCAAUUCUCACAUGGACCUAAAGAAACCUUCAAAUACAUAUAAUACUCCAGAUUUGCUGCAGCCUCGCCAAAGCCAGGCCCCCCAUUCUUUGGCAGAUUCAUCACCGGACCCUUCACAGUCAACACAUAUGAUGCAGUCGGUACUUUCUCAUACUCCCUGUACUAAGAUGGACCUUCAGCAUGUACUCACACAGCAACAACAACAGCAGCAGCAGCAGCAGCAGCAGCAGCAACAGCAGCAGCAGCAGCAGCAGCAACCACAUCACCCUUUGAGUCAGAAGAGUAUGAUGGGUGUAAAUGCAGGAGUGAGGUCUGCUGGGGUAGAGCCCAAUUCACAAAACCUUUCUCCCCAGUUGCCACUUCCACUGCAGAACCAAUGUAUGGAUACCCACUACAGUCUUGCUGCUCAAUCAAGAGAUCAGCUUCAAACAAGUCAAAACUCAAAGCCUUCUCUGGACAUGCUUGAUGAAUCUCUUUCCCAGGCCAGUACCAUUGACACUAGUAAACCACCUGACAGAACUGGUCUUGGUGUGACUGUUCCAGUAGGGGAGGGAGGUGGUGGAGACAGGUAUAGACACCAGCACAGACCUCUGCCUCAGCAUAAUUCUCAACAAAAGCACUCAGAUCUCCAUAACCUUCUUGAUGAACCAGAGUUAGGUGCAUCCACACUUUCACACCUUCACCACCUCGACCCACCCCCUGUCCACGCCCGAUCUCAUAGCCUCCAAGGGCAACAAGCACACACUCACCAGCAGCUAUCACAUGAACAGUUAGGUCAUGCACCACCUCGCAGGAUUUCAGGAAACAUGGCUUCUCCUCACAAUCUGCAGCAAACUCAACAAAGAGAGCAAAAAACACAACUCCCACAUUCCCAGUUUGACCAACUCAAACGACACCAGUUUGGCACAAUUAGCCCAGCAAAUAAAUUUGGACUGAAUCAAAUUCAGCAACAGCAACGGUUUCCGCCUGUAACAUCCAUCUGCUUUUCAGACUCUCUUUUACAAGACGAGGAUCGUUCAUUCUUUCCUGAGAUGGAGGACAUGUUUUGUUCAACUGAAUAUAAGUCAAACUGUGCUGGUGAUUCUGGGACAGGUCGGGCUGUUCAAGAAUGCCUUAGUAAGAGGCAUGGGCAAUCACAGGAGGAUAUAGAAGCCCUGAAAGUGGGGCAUGCUGGUGAGGGAUACGAUGUAGGUAAUCCUCACACUGAUCAAGGUUAUGGACAGUACUGCCACAACCUCCCAGGAACAGGUAAUGGCAAUCUGCACUUAGAUCUUGACUCCCUGAAGACCCACGAGCUUCCUUCUACUGUAAAUACUGACCAGCUUGGCCUCAUCCAGUCUCAGACUCCCUCUAUGGCACUGGGUUCAGAAGCCCAAGUGGAUGGAUCAGUUAACAAAAUGAUGGGAGCCAUGGGUGGAAGUUCCAGCAACACCGGUCUUACCUCACCCAUCUUUUGUUCUUCUAGACCCAAAAAACUGCUGAAGACCAGCUCCUUUCACUUGCUCAAACAGCGACGUGAGCCACUACCCCAAACAAAGAAAAACUAUCCACAAGAGUAUGAAUUUGAAGAUGAUGAAGAUAAAGCUGAUGUUCCAGCGGAUAUUCGUCUCAACAGCCGACGACUUCCAGACCUGUUGCCAGACUUGGUAUCAAGUUGUAGGAGGGCUACCGGUGCUACUGGGCUCAGUCCCAUGAUGAGUGAUGUAGACUUCUGUCAUCCAUCUAGCUACACUCCUCUUGGGCACCAUUCCCAAAUUUUACCUCUUGAUGCUCCUAAGAAAAGAGGCAGGAAACCAACUAAGCCAAAACGUGAAGGCCCUCCUCGCCCACGAGGUAGACCACGUAUACGUCCUCUUCCAGAGCCUCCACACUGCAGGGGAUUGAUGAGCUCGGCUGCUGGAGAAACAAGGAGAGGACGUGGCAGGGGGAGGGGACGUGGCAGACGAGAUGAUGGAUUUAUGGAAAUUCACAGAGACAUUAACAAAGCACACAGCCUUCCAUAUCAUCAUCAGCACCAAAAGCAACUGUAUAGCCAACAGCAGCAUGUCCAGCAACACCCACAAGAACAUUAUAGCCAACAGACAGAUCUUCAUCAAGCUUCACAUGAACAUAUGCAGCAUCACCUCCAUCAUCAGCAGCAGCAAGUUUCCUUUUCCCACCAUCAACUGCACCAUUCGCAGCUAUAUCAACAGGAGCAUCAGCAAGCACACCAACAAGACUUGGCCAGACCAAUCAAGAUGUGAACAUUUUAGUCUGACUAGCUAUUAGCCUUCCAACACUUGGAGAAUUUCUUGACUUUUCAACAAACUCAGCGAAAUGAGAUCUGUCUACUACAGGUAAAGAAAAAUUUCCCUUUGAGUUUCAGCCUUUUCUUCUCACUCAAAAACAUGUUAGAGAUGCACAGUAUUAGAAAAACAGGCAAUAUUGAUUGUUGAAGCUCGCAAUGAUGAAAUCAGUUACAGUUAAGCCAAAAGGUUUCUAUCAUCACCAUUUCCACACCACAUACCUUGAGAUUAAGCAUAGCCAUCACAAUCAUCCCUUGAAGUUGUGAAAAGCAAUGACAUAUAAAGUCUAUUAUUACUGCCACAAAGUGCAGUAAUGCAUGGCACUUGAAACAUGUUCAUCCAUAAAUUAUUCAAGACAAGCAAUUACCAUAUUAAAAAAUAAACAUUGAUGCUGUAAUGAUUAUUGUGAUCCGAUAUAUUGUGCAGCUCCAGAAGUAUCCGUUUAUUUUCAUUUUCUUAAAUCUCUUUUUAUGAAGUUUUCACAUGUGCAGUAAGUUAACAAAAUAACUGUCUUGAAAAUAUACAAUUAAAUACAUCCUAACAUAGGAAGCAGAAAAGCAGAGAACAAAAAAAAAA